AUGGACGGUUGUCUCUCCCACCAGGGAUCCCUCCCAUUUCUCCCGUCCUCGCGCCGCAAUUCCGCCAGACGAAACGGCGUCGAUUCUCUUCUCCUCCCCUCUCGGCGUAAAUUCCGGUACGAUUCGAUGGUGGUCGUCGCGGCUGCUGGACCCGGAGCGGGAGCGAGCAUCGACGCGCCUCUCGCGCCGCGCUCGGCUCAGGGCAGGUUUUUAAACUGCGUCUUGCUCAAAAAGCGUCAGCUCUUUCACUUCGCCGCCGCUGAUUUGCUCAAACAGCUCGCCGAUGAUAAGGAAGCCGCCUUAUCCCGCAUGUUCCUCAGCUCUGGAUCCGAUGAAGCUUCUCUCCACAGAAGGAUAGCUCAACUCAAGGAGAGUAAUUGCCAAACUGCGAUUGAAGACAUAAUGUACAUGUUGAUCUUAUACAAAUUCUCAGAGAUAAGAGUGCCUCUCGUUCCAAAGCUCACUUCUUGCAUCUACAAUGGAAGGCUCGAGAUCUGGCCUUCAAAAGACUGGGAGCUUGAAUCGAUUCACAGCUGCGACGUCCUUGAGCUCAUCAAAGAACACAGCAACGCGGUCAUCAGUUUACGAGUGAACUCAGCUUUGACAGACAAUUUGGAAACGACUGAGAUUGGUAAACAUCAGCUUAGUAAAGUAUACACAGCUUCGAUCUUGUAUGGAUACUUUUUGAAAUCAGCUUCUCUAAGGCACCAGCUCGAAUGCUCUCUAGCUGAACACCACGGAAGCUUCACCAAGCAGCUGAGACAUUACAUUACCGGGUUUGAUCCCAAGAUAUUGCAGAGAUGCGCAAAGCCAAGGUCACGUGAAGCAAAGAAUUUGAUUGAGAAGCAGAGCUUAGCUCUUUUUGGUCCCAAUGAAAACGAAGAGAGCGUUGUGACAUCGAUUUCUAGCUUGAAGAGGCUGCUUCUUGAGGCUGUGGCGUUUGGUACGUUUCUAUGGGACACUGAAGAGUAUGUAGACGGCGCGUUUAAGCUCAUGGAGAAUGAGAAUGCAGAAGAAGAAGAGAAUAGUAGUGUUUGA